AUGCUGAUGCCCACUUACUUCCUGCUGCUCCUGCUGAUGCUCUUGGGGGGUCCAAGGACAAGCAUCUCCCACAGGUUCUACAAUGCUGGGCCAGUCUUCAGCUGCCUCAACACAACCCUGUCUGAGGUUAAGAAGAGCAAGCUGGCGGACGUGCCCCUGGCCCUGCUGAGCAAGAAGACCUUCUUUGACCACCUGCCCAUGCAAGACCCUUCAGGAAAAGAACGGGACGAACAAAGACAUGGCAAGAACAAAAGAACGUUCUCAGGCCCUGGAGGUGGGAAUGGGGCUGGAAUCACGCGGUACAGAUACCAGCCCCAAGCACAGCACAAGUGGAAGCUGUACCCGGACAAGGCCAAAAGUGACCGAGGCACCAAAUUCACGCUGUCGCUUGACGUUCCCACUAACAUCAUGAACAUCCUCUUCAAUAUCGACAAGGCCAAGAAUUUGCGAGCCAAGGCAGCUGCCAACGCUCAACUCAUGGCACAGAUUGGGAAGAAGAAGUAA